CUUUGUAUAUAUAGCAGUUGGCAUAAGGAAAGAGAAAAGAUGAACAGAAAAAGCAUGGAAAACAACGGGGAAAGCCAUAGCAGAAGUGGUAGUUUUAGGAUGGGGGCAAAAGUUCACACUGUGCUUGAGCUUGGUACUGUUCAUACACACACUAGUCUUCUCCUAGAUGGUGAUGGUGAUGGUGAUGGUGAUCGAGAUGUUGGUGAGGAGAGAGAGAAACACCCAAAACCUCUCACAUACUCUCUCUCUCCUAGGCAGAUCAAGUCCCUAGUUGCUCUCUGCGACACCAUCAUACCUUCAAUCGACAACAACCUCGUUCGCUCCUCCGAUGAAUCUGUUGCCAACUUCUACAACACUUCAGCUUCCAUGGCUGGAACACCUCACCAUCUAGAGAAAGUGAUAAGUGAGAAACUGAAGCACCCGAGUACAUGGCUCCUGCUACUGACAUUAUGGCUACUGUCUACGUGGUUUGGCACGUUCAUACUGUGUGGCAUGGCGAGUGUUUCAUCAAGGUUUCCCUUCUUCCAUAGCUACCCUGAAAUGUCUCUGCUCAAACGCCAAAGGGCUAUGCAGUCUUGGUCUCUCAGUUACCUUCGUCCCCUUAAGAUGUUUUUCAGGACUAUCAAGCUUCUCACUCUCCUUCUCUUCUUCACUCAGGUAGAUGAAGCAGAAGAAAACCCAUCAUGGAAGGCAAUUGGAUAUUGUGGACCUGAUCCAGAGCUUAAAGCACAGUUGAAGAACCACUUCUUACGUAGAACAUUGAAGGAAGAAGAACAUGAAAAAAAGGACAAGGACGACGACGAUGAUGAUGAAGAAGAGUUCAGAGGUCCUCUUCACAAAGGCCUUGUCCAUUUGAACUAUCCAAUAGACAUCAUUAAAAAUUCUUUAAGACGAUUUGGAUUCUCAGUCUCUACCACAUCUAAAAGGAAUAAGGCUUCUAACAUGUCAUCACCUUCUUUAGUUAUCCAAUGUGAUGCUGUGGUUGUCGGUUCUGGCUCUGGUGGUGGGGUAGUAGCCGGAGUUCUAGCAAAUGCUGGUUAUAAAGUGCUGGUCUUGGAGAAAGGAAGCUAUUGUGCUAGGAACAAUCUUUCCCUUCUUGAAGGACCAAGCAUGGAUCAAAUGUACCUCUCCAAUGGUUUGGUUGCAACAAAGGAUAUGUCUGUCCUAAUACUAGCAGGAUCCACAGUUGGUGGUGGAUCUGCAGUGAACUGGUCAGCCAGCAUUAGAACUCCUGAACAUGUAUGCAAGGAGUGGUGUGAUCGCCAUGAGCUAGAACUGUUUGAAAGUAAGUUGUACAAAGAAGCCAUGGAUGCUGUGUGUGACAAAAUGGGAGUCCAAUCUGAGAUUCAAGAGGAAGGGUUCAACAACGAAGUCCUAAGAAGAGGGUGUCUAGAAAUGGGAUAUCAUGUGUGCAAUAUUCCAAGGAAUGCUUCAUCGGAUCACUACUGUGGUUGGUGCUGCAUGGGGUGUAAGAAUGGAAAGAAGAAAGGUACUUUAGAAACAUGGCUAGUGGAUUUGGUGAAAUCAGGUAACGGAGCAAUCAUUCCAAAUUGUGAGGCCAUACAAGUCUUGCACAAGAGAAAGAAAGGAAGUGAGAGAAAAACAGCUCGUGGAGUGGCUUUUGCAAUUGAAUACAAAGGAAAAAAGGACAUUUGUGUAGUGGAGUCCAAGGUUACAAUUGUAGCCUGUGGAGCACUCAGUACUCCAGCAUUACUUAAGAAAAGUGGAUUGAAGAAUGAAAACAUAGGAAAAAACUUGCACCUUCAUCCAGUGGCAAUGGCUUGGGGUCACUUCCCUGAUUCAUCUUCACCUAAGGUGUGGCCAGAGAAACAUAAGAAGAGCUAUGAAGGAGGGAUUAUGACAGCAAUGUCCACAGUUGUUGCGCAGUUUGACAAAACUGGAUAUGGUGCAGUGAUCCAAACGCCUUCAUUGCAUCCUGGUAUGUUCUCCAUUCUAAUGCCGUGGACUUCUGGCAAAGAUAUGAAAGAUCGAAUGCUAAAGUUUUCAAGAACAGCUCAUGUAUUUGCCCUGGCAAGGGAUCAAGGAUCAGGAACGGUGAACUCACCUUCUCUUAUAAACUAUCAGUUGAAAGAUGUGGACAAGGAGAAUUUAGCUACAGGAAUUGAGAAGGUGCUGAGAAUUCUUGCAGCAGCUGGAGCUGAAGAAAUUGGGACCCACAAUAACAAGGGAAGGAGCAUAAAUGUUAAGAAGGUGAGCUAUCAUGAGUUUGAGAAAUUUGUGAAAGAAGAAAGUUCAGUGUCUUUAACAGACCUUACAACACCAUUGUGUUCAGCACAUCAGAUGGGAAGUUGUAAGAUGGGCACUAAUCCAAGUAACUCAGUUGUGAACCAAAUGGGAGAGACAUGGGAAGUGGAGGGCCUUUAUUUGGCAGACACUAGUGUCUUUCCCACAGCUUUAGGUGUCAAUCCGAUGGUCACUGUUCAGGCUAUUGCUUAUUGCAUAGCUCAGUCUGUUGUUCAAGUUCUUAGAAGGAAGAGAAAUUGAAGACAAAAGAGAAAUGGAAAACUUUUGCUGGUGAUGCUAGAAGAAGUUCUGAAUUCCACAUACAAGUGGAUAUAUUUCAUAUUAACGUUACUACCGAAACACUUUUACAUUCAUUUGACACAUAGUAUAAAGA